UAAAGAAGGAAAGAUCCCAGCUGAUUUUCAUGUGGCGAUAAUAUUUUACGAAAUUUUUUCACAAGACAACAAUAUCACACAAAAUACACUAUUUCACGUCUUUUACGUACUCUCACUCAUAAAGCAGUAUACAUCAUAAGAAGAAAAAAAUCGAAUCAACACAAUGUUUUCAAGGCUACGAUCCGUAUCAAACACUUUAAAACACAUAAGAAAAUGUUCAAAUUUGCCUGCGGUUGUGAAAAGGCCAGGAGGUGAUCAGUGCACGAGCCCCCACUUCAGAGUGACAGUUUUGAACGGGGACACGAACACCGGACUUUACACAUGCCUGGCAUUGAAGCAGAACCCGGGGAUCAGCGAGCUUAACAUCCACGUAUCGUCCAGGACGGCCAGCUUCGCCAAUGAUAUAAAGUACAUACCCGGAAGGGCAAACGUGAACAUUUUUUACGGCGAAGCUCAGAUCGAAUCGUCUCUUAAGGAGGCGAAUUUAGCAUUGGUAAUUUCAAAGACUUGUACAAAAGAUUCGGCGACAAAUGAAGAUGUUUUCUCCUCGGCCGAAGGUUUCCUGCGGGACGCCGCCAAUGCUUGCAGUUUCGCUUGCCCGUUUGCAGUCAUAGUCGUUGACGCGGCACCUUUAAAUUAUACCGUACCGUUUUUCUCAGGGGUUUUCGCGCAACAUGGUGCCAUCAACACUUGCAGGGUGUUGGGAAACAUGAACGUCCAUUGUCUCCGAGCUCAGACGUAUCUAGCCCGAAAACUCAACCUGGACCCGCAUUCCUUGGCUGAUCUAGUCGUCGUAGGUGGAGGCACUCCAGAGACAAUAGUUCCGGUCAUAUCGUAUAUCGAGCCCGAAGGAUUCCCCCUUCUCACCGAUCCAAUGGAAAUGAUCCAAGAGAUAAAACAACUGGAGAAAGUGGACAAACUGCACUUCAACAUCCAAGACGGGGCUAUUGUGCGGUCGCGAGGUCUGACGAAGCUGGCCUCGGCCAUUUUGUCUGGGAUGUCGGGUAAGAAAGUCAAAGGGUGUGCGUUCGUGCGGACGUCCGACCCACUCGGCGUCAAGUAUUUCUCCGUUCCUGUCGAGUUCGGAAGCUGCGGGGUGGAAAAAAACCUCGGCCUGCCGAAGCUCUCCCAAGCCGAGCUGGAAUCUUUGGACGAAGCGAUCAUCAUUUUAUCCGAAGAAAUUGCCCUGGGAGAAAAACACAUCCCGCCCCCUUGGGACUUCCCCGUGGCCCACUUGCCUGCAAAAACGACUGAUGUGCACAUCAAAGUCGAAUGCCAACCGCCUAACUCAAAGCAAUUCUCAUUUUGACCCGUAUACGUUUUACUUUCGUUCCAUUAACAGAUCACUUUUCAAAAAUCA